GAAAUUUAAAUAGUGUUAUAGAGUUACCAUAUAAGUAUAUAUUUGUAAGUUCAAUCAUACAUAUGCAAAUACCAUGGCAAAAGUAAAACGAAAAUGCAAUCCAAAUUUGAGUAAUUCGCCCACCAUGAUUGUAAUGGUUGGACUACCAGCACGAGGGAAGACGUACAUCAGCAAAAAAUUAACACGAUACCUCAACUGGAUAGGAUUACGCACUAAAGUUUUUAACCUCGGAGAGUAUCGUCGUAAAACUGUCCAAUCUUUCAAAGAUCAUGAUUUUUUCCGCCCCGAUAAUGAAGAUGCACAAAAAAUACGUAGGGAAUUUGCAACCCGUGCUUUAAAUGAUGUUAAAUCUUGGCUUGAGUCCGAUGGUCAAAUUGCAGUUUUUGAUGCCACGAACACAACACGAAAACGUCGUACAAUGAUUCACGACUUUUGUGAAAAAGAAGGUUAUAAACUGUUUUUCAUAGAGAUUAUUUGUGAUGACCCUGGCAUUAUUGAACAAAACAUUACGGAAGUCAAAAUCAAUGGUCCAGAUUAUAAAGGAAUUGAUCCAGAAAGUGCAAGAGAAGACUUUGCAAUUAGAAUUGAGAAUUAUAAAAAAGCUUACGAAAAACUUGACGUUAAAAUUGACGAUGAUUUAUCAUUUGUUCAAAUACAUGACGUUGGGCAGAGGUUUAUUGUGAAUAAAGUGCAAGAUCAUACCCAAGGAAGGAUUAUAUAUUAUAUCAUGAACACUCAUUUGACUCCAAGAUCAAUCUAUGUUUGCAGGCAUGGGGAAAGCGAAAUGAAUCUAACAGGUCAGAUUGGUGGAGAUGCUCAUUUGUCAGAAAACGGAAGACAAUUUUCAGUCGAAUUAAAGAAAUUUAUAGACGAACAAAAAAUAGACGGCCUCAAAGUUUGGACAAGUCAACUUCAGAGAACGAUUGAGACGGCUUCUCACCUUCCCCAGAAUAUCAUCGAGCACUGGAAAGCUCUCAAUGAAAUAAGUGCUGGGGUUUGUGAAGAAAUGACUUAUAAAGAAAUACAAGAGACUUUUCCUGAGGAAUUCGCAUUGAGAGAUCAGGAUAAAUUUUACUAUAGAUAUCCGAUGGGUGAAUCAUAUCAUGACUUGGUACAACGACUCGAACCAGUGAUUAUGGAAUUAGAAAGAUCAGAAAACGUUCUUGUCAUCUGUCAUCAAGCAGUCAUGAGAUGUUUACUUGCUUAUUUUCUUGAUAAAAAUUACGAAGACCUGCCGUACAUUGAAUGCAAGCUACAUGCAGUGUUGAAACUAACACCAAUUGCUUUUGGGUGCAAUAUUGAAACCUUUGAUUUGGGAAGUCAUCUCGCAGUUGAUACUCACAGAAAGAAACCGACAUCAACUUCAAUGAAUAGGAGCGAGGAUGAAGCAUUGGAAACAGCUCCUGACUAUCCAGAUGUUGAACAUCAUUUUGUUAAUGGUGAACCAGAGCCUUCUGCUGGAACUGUAGACGACACCAAAGAAAUAGUUCGAGAAUACAGUUUCCCCGGUUCAGAUAAAAAGUUUUUAUUUUCUUAUCGACCUCCCAGUCUUGGAGAAAGAAAAAGACACAGCUCUGAGCCAGGUGAUAACAAGGAAUCAGAAACAGGGAUUAAGAAAGUAGGAAGUCUGGGAAUGAUGAAAACGUUGGCUCAUGAUCAUGUUCUCAUUGGAACAGAAAUAAGAGAAGUUGACGAGGGGAACACUGAAAUACCGGAAAAUAAAAACAAUACGAAAGGAAUAUUUUCCGGUGGGGAGGGAGAGGAAGAUAGUGUUCUUUUUCAUGUUGGAAGACAGGGAACUGUAGACUAUACAGGAUUAGAAGACGACCUUGGUGAAUAAAAAGUGUUCACUCUUGGAUUUUUAUAUCUUUAUAAAAAUAUAAUUUGCUAUUUUGGUAUACUUUGCCUAUUUUGAAAAACGUAAAAUAUUUGAUACUUAUUUAGGUUUUAAAGAUUUAAAAUAUCCAGUAAUUGGAAAAAUAUAGAGCAAAGAUACUCAAGCUUUGCUCGAUUUUUUUAGCAAAAGUUAAAUUUACCCCUCACCUUUGUAGAUUGCCUGCUCCAGUGUGCUGUAACUGAACUAUGGAAGUAGGGCUAAGUUUGACAAUACCCCCUCAGUGGGGGCAUAAUAAAAUCAACCGCGCAAGGAAUUCAUUUCAACUUUCACGGGGUGACACAACCCGUAAAUUUUCUUAAUUACUUCUAUGAAAAUGAAAAAAAAAUGUUAACACAUGGACUGCAGUUUGCGUAUAAUUGGAAUCUAGGACUGACUAUUUGCACAAAAGUUUUGUUCGAAAUGACAUGGGUGCUGUUAUUUGGUCACCCUGUAUGUGGCCAACACCCACCCCCCCGAUAUAGAGAAAUGAGGUUGCCUUCCACCAAUGAAAAAGUCUUAGAUUUGUCUACACCUAGGUCUACCAAACUUUUAAGUUCGAAACCCCUUCCAAGUUCCAAUAUAGUAAAAUUUUCCUGGACCUCUGUUAAAUCGGCAUUGGUAUGCAAGUGCGCCGCUUCGCUGAUUCGAUGUAUUGUAUUCUCUUGUAUUGUUUUAAGUUUUGCACUAAUUUUAAUAAUUGUGUCAUUCGAGGCAAAAGUCUAAAGAAGAACAAUAGAUAUUUGUGUGAAAAUGAUGUACUCUUUGCGGCCCAUCAGUUUGGGAAGCUCUGGUCUACAUAAAUAUUAAAUGAUCACAAUAGUUCAAUGUGAUAAUAUAUUGGGUAAGCAUAGGUUAUACGGGAAAAUUUAGGGCUUUUCAUGGAUUUCAACAAUUUUUAUUGAAUGAAAUAAUAUUUUUUGCAAUCGAAAUAAUGUUCACCAUGUUUUUUUUUUUAUCUAACAAAUGCAUACAAUUGUCUGCCCAAUGAAUAUGAAACGUUAAGAUCGCAAUGUCAUGAUUUUAAAUAGUGAGCAAAUAGAGGAUGAAAACAAUUUCCGGCGCUCCAGAAGUGCGUGUACCAAUAUGGAGGUGACUCAUUUUGUUCGCCUACUUUACAUCAAGUUGUGUAAAUAGACAGAAACCUAUGGACAAUGUUAUAUUCAGUUAACACAGACAGUCACCAAACACGUUAUAGAACCAAAAAUAAGGACAAUUGGAAUAAAAUUAUGCUCUAACCUGGUACACAUACUACAGGAGUACCCAAUUUCCAAUCAAAUAAGUGCACACCGAUAUAAGUGGCGGGUUAAGAUGUAAAAAUAUAGAAUAAGUUAAUUGCUGAUGGCAUUUAUUUUAACACUGUGUUUACUCAAGGUGAUUUUCUCCUAACAGUCAGAUAGUUCUGUACCCUAGAUAUUAUACCAAAUGGCAAAUGAAUUAAGAUUUAUUUUUCAUAGGAAUUUCUACUGGUAAAAUUCUCUUUCAUGUGGGUGUUCAACCUCGUGUAUUGAGUUUAAUAUUAAUUUGUUUUCCGUAAUCUACAUGGCUUUAUUGAGCAGCUCUGAGUAUGUAAAAAGUUGUUUGUAAAUGCCCUAUUUUAAGGUUUUUUUUUAGAUUUUUACUGCAUGAAUUGUAUCUAUUGAAGACUUACCGUACAUAAAACAUAAAAAAUUUCAGUUUUUGAUUUGCUUUGAAUGCGAUGCUGCUUUGUCACACUUCAUGUGGCUCUAUGGAAAUCAAUCAAAACCGUUUGGGAGUUUGGUAUUCAUCCUAACACGAAGCAUACUAUUUAAUACAGUGGUUCUCAAGUCGCGGCCCGUGGGCCAGUUACGGCCCACGUAGCAAUUUAAAAUGGCCCGUCAAACUUGAGUGUCUUUCUUUUUGUGUUUUAGAUACCCCUGAUUGAUACUUCAUUAUCACAGUUUAAGGACAUGUAUACCAGUAUCUUAAUUAUACCACUAGUAUCGGCCCCUUUGGGCGCUCCCUCCUCCUGACCCGCGAAUAUCCUUCCGCUUCUAACUUUGGUCCCCGAUCAAAUAACCUUAGAAACAGCUGAUUUAAUAGUAUUCACAUGCCGGCUUUGCGGUUUAUAGUCAAAUAGUCACACAAUUGACGCAUAGUUCCCCAGGUGUAAAUUUUUUCUGAAAGUGUUCAUGCAUACUCUCAUUUUUAUUGCAUAUAGAAUUGUGUUUCAAAAUUCUAAUUAAAAAAAUAUCCACAUUUUAUAACGAAAGUUAAUUGUUAACAAAUUGUAUAUUGAGACCAGUGUGCCUGCAAAAGAGCGAUAAAUAUUCAACUAAACACCAUAUAAUGUCAUGUAAAUAUUUAAUUAAACACGGUAAUACUUUUAGUUAAUUAUAAAAUGCAUAUGUUCACGCUUAUAUACCCUUUCCUGGUAAUAAUUGCCCCUGCAGCAAGGUUUAAUUCUCCCUCAAAAGGUUUUUAUAGUUUGGGAUUUGAAUCUUCCGGAUUGCCCAUAUCUAUUUAGAAAACUGUUGAAUUAUUUUACCGAGCACAUAUCUCAUCAUCUCUGAUCAAAUUUUGUGUGAUGGAGACUCUUAGCAGUUUGCCAGUGUGUGUAAACUCAGAACAUAUCGUUCAAUCAUAUUUGCAUAUGAUUGUAAUAAUUCGCCCAACAAAUGUUCAUUUCUCUUUCCCGAACGGCGUACAGAUAAAAUUACUCUUGUAAUUCACAUCAAAAUCUUACAUGUACAGAGAACUAAUCUUGGAAGCUUACAAGUUUAGUCGCUUUGCUCCACUGAGCCGGACGCUGUUUUUUAUUCUGCCAAAUUAAUGGAGACAUAUUUGUGUGAUCAUUUUUCGCAGGAUAGAUUUAGAGUUGUGUUUGUUAUUCCCUUCAAAAUGUAAUCUGUUCUAAGAUCUAAUCUUGAAAAAAAAAAAAAACAGUCCAGCCUUUAUGCUCCACCGAGCAAGAUACUGUUUUUAAUUCUGCCAAAUUCUGUUUCUGCAUGGAGGUUUUAUGCUGGCGAUAUAUCUAUAUGCUCGUUUUUUCGCAUGUGCACUUAAUAUUGUUACGCAAUCCUAUCUGGAGCACACAGUGUUCAUUAAUUUCAUUUGUACUGUAAUAAAUGCACGUUGUUUAAAAAUGGAAAUGCAUAAAUGCAUUCCUGUAUUGGAA